UGCAGGAGUAGCGUGCAAAAGACUCCAAGCUGUGCGUACAGCCUGUUACACUGACACUAUGAAAGAUUUAGGAAGUGUGCGUAUGCGCGUGUGUGUAAGAGAGAAAGACCCGCUGUGCGCCUAGAAGGGAUAUUUAUCAAGGUCCCCCAGUCAGGCACCAACUAAUUUAUCGGAGAGUAAACCAGUUAAAGUGAGGGAGACCAGACAGGAGUCAGUGGCGGCUCUGGUGAGCUGUCACUUUCUGUGUGUGCGUGUAUGUGUGUGUGUGUGUGUGUGCGGAGAGGGAUUAUCAGUACGCGCGUUAUGCGGAGCGCAGUUUUGGUGAUGCACUCAGUCGGGAGAUGUGCAGCAGGGAGCAGUGAGCGUCAACUCGGACAUUAAUAAGCGGCAUAUUCAGCGCGGUAGCAGGAGAAAAGGAUCCGGUAGGUUUGGUGGCACCGACUCUGCGCAUUACAGGAUUUCGACUCAUUGUGUGUUUUAUUUAUUUUUGAUGAAUGCUCCCUUAUUGGUGCAAUGUGAAAGUCAAAGAUGCGCACCGCUGAACAAAGGAUUUAGGGGGAAAAGAAUCCCUUCCACAUUGUAAUCCUGAAAUUCCGGUGUGUUUCGUCCAUGUCCAUUCUGCCUCUGAGGACAACAGACACGGGCUGAAUAAUCGGGUUCCUCUUCUGUAGAGCUGGAGCAAGGGGAAUCAUCUGGACUUAUCGCGUACGAGUCCAUGUGGAUGGAGAAAGAAUACGCAAACACAGCGAGAGGGGCUCAUUCCGAAAUGUGACAUUUUUACUUCCCCAGUCUCCCAUCAAACCUGACAUCUGUGCAUCUGCCUUCGCUCUCGAUCGGAUUUGUUUACGUCGUUUAAGAGAUGGCACCCCUCCCGGUCCUGCUCCUGCUGCUGCUGACUGUUGCUCAUCGUGCCACCGGUCAAGACUCUAUGAACUCUGAGGAUCUCCCAAGAGGCUGCGGAUGGGGCCUUGUGCGUCCCUACACACUCCUCUGUGACCUGGACUCCAUAUGGGGUGUGGCUGUCGAGUCAGCGGCCGCCGGCGGGAUGCUGACUGCCAUCUUGCUAGCCCUAAUCCUGCUGUGCCGCUUACACCACAUCAGUGAGGCUGAGAAGCGCAGCGGCGUGGGACCCAUCCUCUUGCUGCUCCUCGGCAUCCUCGGUUUGUUCGGCCUGAGCUUUGCUUACCUGAUCGAGCAGGAUGAGUCUUUAUGUUUGCUCCGCAGGGCCCUGUGGGGUCUCCUGUUUGCAGUCUGCUUCUCCUGCUUGUUGGUGCAGGGGGUACGCCUACGAAGGAUUGGCCGUGAGCGCCGGAGCCCUGGUGGCUGCGCCCUUACAGGCCUCGCGCUGGGUUUGAGUGCCGUACAGGGUAUCAUCGCUGCCGAGUGGCUUCUUCUCACCGUGCUGAGGGAGGGACGAGCUGCCUGUCAGUAUCUGCCACUUGACUUUUCCCUAGCCUGCAGUUACGUGCUAGCCCUCCUUCUAGCCGCGCUGACUGCCGCCACCCUGGCCUUGUGUGGGAAGACACAUCAGUGGCGCUGCAAUGCCAUCUGGCUGCUGGUGACCUGCCUGCUGUCGCUGCUCCUGUGGGUGGCCUGGGUGGGCUUCUAUCUGUACGGCAACGCCUGGCUGGGGAGAUCCCCAGAAUGGAAUGACCCGGCACUGGCCAUUGCUUUAGUAGCUCAGGGUUGGCUGCUGCUGAUCUUCCACGCCAUUCCUGAAUCCCACAUCUGCCUGAGACCCCCUCCACAGCCAACUGCCCCAGAUUACUUUGACACCUCCCAGAACUCGACACGGAUGAGGGAGACCAGCUUCGACGAAGACAUCCCUCUCUCUCACAGGCAGUUUGUGGAGAACCAGGGCUACGGAUACAGCGAUGAGAGCGCUGCAGGCUUGAGGAGCGGUGCCGGUGCCGUGCAACAUAACAGCAACACCGCCGCCAGGCCCAGUGCUCCUUUUCGCAGCAACGUCUACCAACCCACUGAGAUGACCAUGAUCCUGAACGGGGGAGCGGUGAGUACAUCCUCCCAGUCACAGGUGCCCUCUGCCCCUCCAACCUACACAGGGAGGCAGCUGUGGUGAGUCAGAGGAUUGGAAAGAAGAUGUGUGGUAGAAAAUGAAGAAGAGGAAGAAGAGGGUGAGGAGGGGAGGAUCCGGAACGAGGGCCCCGUCUGGUUGAAUUGGACUUAAAACAUGGAUGCCAACAGGGUUGUUUCACUCUGUGUACAGACUUUAACACUGACUGUGGGCCAAUCAACUAUUGUAUGAGUGUGUGUGAGUCUGAGAGAGAGAGUAGGGCAUGGAGGACAGAGCUAAAUCUAUUCUAGCACACAAAUCUCUAAUGAAGGGUUCAAACACUCAAAAUGUGACCAGCAAGUAGCAAAACAAAACACACGCUGACUCAGAUCUGAAAACAUCAACAUGCAGUAUACUUUUCCAUUUUGUUUGAUUUGCUCCCCUGAGACUAUACAGCACUGUAAGCAUCCUUGAAAAACUGUGAAAUCUAUGGCUUUUUCCUGCUCUCCCUCUUUCUGUCAGUCAGGAUGUCUUUUCUGCUGCUCUUCACAAUGCUGACUCUCACAUGGAAACAUUUGGCUCUGUCCUCCAUCCAUGCACAGUGUAGCUGAAGACAGAGCACACGGGCAACUGUACAGCUCCAGCACCGCUCGUUUAAAAUAAUCAAGCCUCUGUGGGUGUGUAUGUACAGAAUAUGAGAGGGGGGGGGGAAGUGUGCGUAUUCCCUACAUCUCAUCUCCACUGCUCCAAUAAACCUUCCCCUGCAGACUGUUACCCCUCCGUGAACACGUCUUCUUCCUCCCUAUCUCUGUUUCUGGUUUCACUGCACCGUCUGUGAAUAUAAAACAUAACUCCUGCCCCAUCCUCACACCUGCAUGGACACUUUGCAAAAUGUGAAACAAACUGAAUCCCGAACUGCGGGAAAUGAAGUUCCCAUUGACCACGCGGCCUGAAGCACCUGAACAGAAGGAUUUCAAGCUGCUGAUGAACCGCUGUUAGAUACGAUGGAGCAGAGUGGAUUCUGAUUGGAUGGGGAGGGCGUCAGUCAUCGGUGGGGAGGCACCUCUUCAUGAAUCUAGGUCAACUGCUCUCCCACAUCUCCAGUGGCCACCGGCAUUUUGAACCAGCCAGUAGAAACUGUCACUUUAUAUCAACAGGAAAUGGAGCGAGGAAAUGACACGUUCUCCUGUGCUUAGCUCCUCUAUCUGUGUUUAUGCGUGCGUUUUUGGGAUUUUAUGAGUGAUUGAGGGGGCGGGGGGGGGGGGGGGGGAAUACAAAAGUCAAGGUUGCUUUCCGGUGCUAAAUAUCCCUCCACACAACUCCCAAGUGUGGCACAGAACUACAAGAACAACGCUGAUGCAGAAACGUCAGUCACAACUAUGAGUGACAGGCUAUAGAUAGAGCUGCGGCUGGUGUGUGGAGAUAUCCUAGAGCCUUAGAAAGAUCAGUGCAAGGUGGAAAGAGGGAGAUCAAAUGCUAGAGGAGGAAGAAGGGGAUGGGAGCGAGGGAGGAGGAAGGAGAUGGCGAGUGACGGGCCGAGGGGAGUCUAUGCGACAGUGUGAGAUCUGUUGGAGAAAAUGGCUCCCUGGUCUGUGUGUCUCUGUGUGUUUGUGUGUGAUGUGCGAGCUGUGCUGCUCUGAUCUACGUGGUUGUGUUCUUUCUCUGGUGAAGCAUCUCCCUCCUCCUCCUCCUCCUCCUCCUCCUCGUGGUCGGCUAUAGCUCAAGUGUAGCCCCGUGCCAAGAAGGACUCUUGUUUCACUGGAGUCUCCAUUUCACGCCCUUUUCCUUCAUCACGACACCAGCGCUCUCUCUUCACCUGAGAAGCUGUGUACAUAGUAGUGCUGUAAAGCUUUGCUUGCUUGUUUACUUUUUUUUUUUUAAACUGUAGCCUGAGUUUAGACACCAGUGUCAUAUGACCCACUGGAGAACUGACUACUGCAAACCUAUCUGGGGAUUUUUUUUUAAAACUGGUUUGCUUUGUUGUUCAUACAUUUGCUUGUUGUGACAAUAUACUUUUAUUUCUCUCUUGCUGGUGUCUUUUAGUUUUCAAACUAGCAUUCUUGGAAAUGUUUUGCCAACACUAGAUAUGCUUCUUUUUUUUGGAUUAAUGUUCAAGGAAGUUAUGGGUUGUCAUUCACAGGGAUCUACUUCGGUUGUACCUCCGGUUGUCUCUUUGCUGCAACAGUUACGGGGACAUAAACCACCUAUUUUUUUAUUUUUUCAGAAAAAUUAUACUGGCUGUGAAUAAUUUAAUGCAGUAAACAAUUACUUAUUCUUUGAUACUUAAGGGAUAGUUAUUUUAAAAGAAAUUAUAGCAGGCAGGGCUGAAAAAACGUCACGCCCCCACCAACAGUCGUUUUGAUGACCCCUGAUCUUACAUCAACCCUCAACUAAGAAAAGCCAAAGGGUCAACCCUUGACUGCUGCUGUACAUUCAUGUCUUGCCCACCGGCUAUUCUAAAAUAGGACUGGUUUCAGCAGGCCAUCUCGAUGCCCAAAGACAGUGUGUCCUGCGAGAGCGUCAGGCUCUGUGGUCAGAAACAGGCUACGCUCCCCAGAGCCGUGCGUCAUGAAGAAGAACGGUCCUCAGGGUUUUGGAUGGUCAGCAUUAACGAGACAAAACUUUCAACACUCAGAGCGGAGGAGGGAGGUUUCUGUUCUUGCGAUGUUUUUCACUCAAUGUGGAGUACAAAAAAACAUGUGACUUUGUAGAUUUUGCACUCGUCGACUACCUAUCUGUGCAUGCUUAUCACCAUUUCUACAUGUAAGACCUUUCUCAGAUGUACUUUUGAAUACUAACUAUUUAUGUAAAGGUCAUGUGACAGCAAUCAUAAUUUCAGUGUAUAUCAGAUGACACACUUAAUGUCUUGUGCUUUCCUAAACACAAAAAGAGAGCUGGCUCUUGAGAAGCAAAGAGAUUAAAGUCAGGGGAAAAUGGUCCAAAAUAGUAUGAUUCCCCAAAAAGGAACAAAAUGCCAUCAUCACUGGACCUAAUAAUAACUUCCUCUGUUAGUUUGAAGACUCGAGGGAAAAAAAAAAAGGAGAAUCUUCGGACUGAUAUUGUCUCUGUGUUUAAAAUCAAAUAGACUGUGGUGAAAUUUGCACAAAACUUCUAUACGUUAAGUUUGUCAUCCCUGGGCAGCCCACUGAACACCCAUCCUCCCUGGGUUUGACAUGUCCUUGCCUGUCCUCUCCUGAUUUGUCUUGCCUUCAGACUGUUCCAGCGGGGCAGCUGACAGGGGUGAUAUUGGUUUUCACAGCUGUGACUGUGCAGUGACGCAGCAUGCCUAUGUAUAGAACUUGAUUCCCCUGAUUAGAAAAAACAACAAACAAAACAGGUAACUCAUGUUUCUGUAACUGAAUCAGGAAAAAAUAAGUACAAUAAAGUGUCAUGUUUGUAGUUAA